CCAGAGGUAGAGAGGCACGCAGAGGGACAUUGACUCUCCUUUGUGAGCAACCUCCUCCUCUCCACUCUUCACUCAGAGAAAACUCGCUCCGCUCUUUCUGCUCAACUUCAAGACACAGACAUCAUGUCAAGCACCAGGCAAUUCAGCUACACCAUCGGUGGUUCAGGCGGCGGCGGCGGCUCCGUAAAAAGGGGCUACUCCAGUCAGUCAGCCUACGCAGCUCCAGGUGGCUCUAGCAGGGUCAGCGUGAGCAGCACCAGGCGCUCUGUUGUGGGUUCCGGCUUCGGAGGUGGUGCUGGAGGUGGAGGUGGAUAUGGCUUCAGCAGCAGCAGCAGCGGCGGCGGCUACGGCGGAGGCUUCGGUGGAGGAUUCGGUGGAGGAAUGGGCAUGGGUGGAGGAAUGGGAAUGGGUGGUGGCGGUGGAAUGGGAUUCGUCCCAGCUCCCAUCACCGCUGUUACCGUGAAUCAGAGCCUGUUGGCCCCACUCAACUUGGAAAUAGACCCCCAAAUUCAGGUUGUCCGCACUCAAGAGAAAGAACAGAUCAAGACCCUGAACAACCGCUUCGCCUCAUUCAUUGACAAAGUGCGCUUCCUGGAACAGCAAAACAAGAUGCUGGAGACCAAAUGGAGUCUUCUGCAGGAACAGACCACAACCCGCUCCAACAUCGAUGCCAUGUUUGAGGCUUACAUUGCUAACCUGCGCAGACAGCUCGAUGGAUUGGGAAAUGAGAAGAUGAAGCUGGAAGGAGAGCUGAAGAACAUGCAGGGCCUGGUCGAGGACUUCAAGAACAAGUAUGAGGAUGAAAUCAACAAGCGUGCGUCAGUAGAGAAUGAGUUUGUCCUGCUCAAGAAGGAUGUUGAUGCCGCCUACAUGAACAAGGUUGAGUUGGAAGCCAAGGUUGAUUCUCUUCAGGAUGAGAUCAACUUCCUCAGGGCAAUCUACGAGGCUGAGCUGCGUGAACUUCAAGGUCAGAUCAAGGACACAUCAGUUAUUGUGGAGAUGGACAACAGCAGAAAUCUGGACAUGGACUCCAUCGUGGCUGAAGUUCGUGCUCAGUAUGAAGACAUCGCCAACAAAAGCCGUGCCGAGGCAGAGGGCUGGUACAAACAGAAGUUCGAGGAGAUGCAGUCCUCCGCUGGACAGUACGGUGAGGAUCUUCGAUCAACCAAGGCUGAGAUUGCCGAACUGAACCGCAUGAUUGCCCGUCUUCAGAACGAAAUCGAAAACGUCAAGUCACAGCGCGCCAACCUGGAGGCCCAGAUCGCAGAGGCUGAGGAGCGUGGCGAGCAGGCAGUGCAGCAAGGCAAACUCCGCAUUAAGGAGCUCGAAGAAGCCCUUCAGAGAGCCAAGCAAGACAUGGCCCGGCAGGUGCGCGAAUACCAGGAGCUCAUGAACGUCAAACUCGCCCUGGACAUUGAGAUUGCCACUUACAGGAAGCUGUUGGAAGGAGAGGAGAGCAGACUGUCAAGCGGUGGAGCUUCAGCAACCAUUCACGUGCAGCAGUCCUCUUCAGGAGGCAGCUACUCUUCUGGUGGUGGUGGUGGCUCCGGAUUCGGAUACGGAAGCGGAGGCGGAUUCGGUGGUGGAAGCGGAUACGGUGGUGGAAGCGGAUUCGGAGGCGGAAGCGGAUUCGGUGGCGGAAGUGGAUAUGGUAGCGGCGGCUCCAUCAGCAAAACCAGCGUCACCAGCGUCAGUGCUAGACGCUAUUAAGGAGAAGCUCCCCAAACCUAUCCAGUUCCUGACCACUUCCCUUCCUGCAACUAGAUCAUUCUCGACCUUCUUACAACUCCAGCCAACUAUGGUGCUAUAUUUUAGCCAGACAGCUAUCCCCUGUUAAUAAGGAGAUGAGGACAAGAAUUUUUUAAAACCCAAAAUUAUGUUCUACUGUACGUUGAUCAGUUAACAUUUGUCUGGUGGUGUCACUGCCAAUUUUAAAUCAACCCCACUUCACUAAAAUGACACUAGGAAGAAUGUAAUGGGAAUUUUCUACUCCCAGCCACUGAAUUGUUUUGUUUCUGCACUGAUUGUAUGGGGAAUUAUUAGAAAUUUAUACACACGCUGUAGAAAUCACUGAAGCCAAGAGUAGGAUUUCAACUCUCUAUAUAAGACCACGAGCAGUACAAUGGUUUUACUGAAUCAGGGAUUUUCUAUACAGGUCCUGAAAGUCCAGACUGGAUGUUUUGUGCUGUUACAAGCUCCUUGGUGUGUUCGAAAGCUUUUUAGACUAAAAUGACUUUUGUCAUUAGGCAAUGGCUGUUAGCAAUAGUUUACAUAUUUGCUUAAAGAAAUAUAUAUAUGACUCUCAGCCACCCUUACAUGACAGUACUGGUGGACUACCAAUGUCCAGGUACUUCACAUAACAUACUUCACAAGGCAGAACUGUUACAGCAAAAAACAGACACGAGGGCAUUUCUAGGGACCGUCUCUUUUAAACCUUGUACUUGCUUUGUUGAAAGCUGACAGCUCCAUUUACUGUGUGGUAUCCAUCCAACUGUAAUACCUUAGACUUCCCCUGUAUUCAAAGGGCUUCCAGGGCGUAUUUUGCAGUGCCUUUCAGAAAUGGUUCAUUUGUGAAAACAAAACUAAACUGAAACCACGUUCAACCAGAUUUAUUUUGUAUUGAUUGACUUUGUAACAACCUUAAAUCUGAACACAAUAAAUCUGAGACCACAA